AUGGAUGGAGGCAAAAAGUCAUUUUCACGCCCAUGGUCGAGCAUCCUCGUCCCACUUUAUGUCUAUCCCAGCCCUGGUGCUUGGGAACCUUUAUUUAAGGCAAUUAAGGCCCAUCCUAAUCUCUACUACACAGUAGUUGUGAACCCCGCCAGUGGACCAGGUCAUGAGGUAAUCCCUGAUGGCAACUACGUACGAGAAAUUUCUAAACUAAAUUGCCACAACAACGUAUGGACUGUUGGAUAUGUUUCGACGAGUUGGACAAAUCGACAACUAGAACUAGCUCUUCGGGAUGUGGGUCUUUAUUCGGGCUGGGCUGAAGAUGUUGCUAGGCCUGGCCUCCAUGUCAAAGGAAUAUUCUUGGACGAGACUCCAGCUUUGUAUAGUGAUAAGAGUGCGCGAUACUUGGAGACUCUCGCCUCAACUAUCCGCUCUACAGGAAAUUUUGGAAAAAAGCCUUUGGUAAAACUAGUCCUUAAGCUAACCUCGCACCAUGGAAAGUUUCCGGGCCAGACAAGCUCUGGGCUUGAUACAUAUUUUGUGCUUUUCUUACCGCUGAAUUUGGCUCUAACAAUAUCUUAG